UACUGAAUCAUUUGCUUUGUGUAACAGACAUAAUAUCAGUAUAUUCUGCAGUAUACCUUUAUCCAAUUUAAGUGUUCCUUGAACAUAUUGCAGGGCAUUGUACAUUAUUACUCAGAGAUGUAAUGUGUAGCAUAUUUUAAAAUAAGUGUUUUUUUAAUGAAAUAGAGUGCUGUAAUGCAGGUUUUAUCUCAGAUCUCUCUUGAAAUCUGUUUCAACUAGUGGUCUUAAAAACCUAGCAAUUAAGUAUUAGUACAGAAACUAGAGUUGAAAUACUCUUAAUUUGGAUCAAAAUUGCUGCUCUUGUUUCACCAUUCUCUUUGAAAGGAACACUUAAAUUUAAUUUGAAUAGUAAUAUGUUUUGCAAGAAUAUUCAUUAGUAGACAGCUUUUCAUGUCCAGAUUAUUUUAUUGGCAGGUACUAAUUACACUAAAACACACUUUUUUUUGCAGUGUUUUAUAAUUGUUCUUAGCACUGUAGUAGUAUUUCUGACAAGGUUUGAUUUUGCACUGUGCCUGCAGUUGAUGUCUACUAACGUCAGGUCAUAAUUUUUAUUCUAAAUUGGCUUUCUUAUAAGAACUCUGCAUUUUAAACAAAAUAACUGUAUGAAAUAUUAAACCUGGUUGUGGUCUCAUUUGCAUAUCCUAAUUCUUCAAUGGCAGUAAGAAGAACAUGGAUUGACAAUUUUGAAUCCUCCAGUUUCUUGUGACAUUGAUUGUUAAGGAAUCGGGAAAUUAGCUGUAUAAAUGCACAGUGCUUUUCAACAAUUAAUACAACUAAUGCUGGUGCAAACUGCUUUGAGAAUCAGGAAAAAUGUACCUACCAUCUAGUAAUCUGAAUAUGGUUGGAGUUUAUUGACCAUAUUAUAUAAAAAUCUUUGUUGUUGUAAUAUACUGUUCUGUAGCUGGCAUUUUAAAUAUGAAAGUCUUGUAUGAAUCAGGUUUUUAAAAUAUGAACUGUAGACAAGAUAAAUUUAGUCUUCUCAUAUUGCGAUUUUUAAUUAAUAGAAGUUUUUUUCUUCAAGUUAUUUAAAUUAAGAAUUAAAAUAUAGUUUAUUCUUUGGGAUGAAAAUGAGUUCCCAUUUCCGUGCAGUAUAUGACAUUGACAUUACCCUGCACACUUUUUUUUCUCUGUUCAUCAGUUAAUAUCUUUUAAAAAUGUUACAUACAGCUUUUUGGUAAUAUGGCAUUUACAUGUAUUGUACAGCCUUUCUCUGUGCCAAAGGUUCAUUAAUAUUUAAGAUUUAUUUUGACUUUUCUCUUCUAUAAAAAGGUGUUUGCCUUAUUCCCUACAAACAGAGGCAGGGAAUCUGUGACCUUCCAAAUGUUUCCAAAGCCUUAGCAUUUCUUACCAUUUGAUGUUGGGGCUCAUGAAAAGUAUAGUCCAACAACAUCUGAAGGGCCACAGGUUUCCCUCUCCUCUUUGAUACAUGCUAAAUGUAAUAGUAGAAGAUGAGGCAUGCUAGUAGUUAGUUAAGGAAGAUUAUUUAGAUUUCUUCUGUAAGAUAUAACAGAACAAUGAACAGUUUCCAUUGAAAUAUCAAGUUAAAAUAGUUGCAUUAUUGAUACUGUCGCAACUUCUAAGUUGAGAGCAAAAUCUUUCAAAUGCUAUUGAACUGUUUUAGGCAUGACUUUAAACAAGAAUUUUAUGAACCUUUAAAACUAUGCAGGUGCCUGCAUUCGUUAGACUAGGUCUGGGCACAAUAAUGAGGUUAAAUAAUAAUUUUGAGAAACUAAAUUUAGUGAAAUUCAGGCAUUCUGAAUUUUAAUACUAUUUUUUUACUGAAAAGUGACUCAGAUAGCUUUCUGUCUGAUCACAGCAUGGAAAUGCCCAGCCCUAAUCAAAGCAAACCCUACCAAAGUAAAAUAUACAAUGAUUUUAGUUGAUAAAUGUCAACUGAUAACUUGUCUUUUGAAAUGUUUAACUUUAGUAAGCUUACUUUUUUUUUCCUCACUGCAACUUUUCCAGGUUUGGACCUUAUGAGUCUUAUGACUCCGGGUCUUCUCUGGGUGGGCGAGAUCUGUACAGAUCUGGCUAUGGUUAUAAUGAACCCGAACAAAGCCGCUUCGGAGGUAGUUAUGGUGGUCGAUUUGACAGCAACUACCGGAAUAGCCUUGACUCUUUCGGAGUAUAUGGGAGACUUUGGAGGCAUGCAUAGACCUGGAAUUGUGGUAGACUAUCAUAACAAACCCAGUUCUGCAGCAGUAGCUGCACGAGGAAUAAAGAGAAAAAUGAUACAGCAGCCGUAUAAUAAACCAGGUGGGACAUUUAUCAAGAAACCCAAACUGACAAAACCUAUUGUGAAGAUGAACCAAAACAAACCUAACCCAAGGACACCAAGCAAGAUAACUACUGCAGAGGAUAAUGAAGCUGAACCAUGUGACACAAUUACGGAUGAAGACUUUACAAAAGAUGCCUGUGAUGGCAUCUAUCAGGCAUUUGAAGGUGUCAAGCCAGAAGUAAAAAAUGAAGAGGAAGAAAAACGUCGAAUUGAGGCAAGAAGAGAGAAGCAAAGGCGUAGGAGGGAGAAAAACAGUGAAAAGUAUGGUGAUGGUUACAGAAUGGCAUUCACCUGCUCAUUCUGUAAAUUUCGAACAUUUGAAGAGAAAGACAUUGAAGCUCACCUUGAAAGUGCUGUUCACCAGGAGACUUUAGAUCACAUUCAGAAGCAGACCAAAUUUGACAAAGUUGUGAUGGAGUUUCUGCAUGAAUGUAUGGUGAAUAAAUUUAAGAAGACUGCUAUGCGUAAACAGCAGACUACAAGCCAAAUGGAAGCUGCUCAGAUUACUGAAAAAGAUGUAAUGGAAGGUGUUACAGCUGAUGAUCAUAUGAUGAAAGUCGAAACUGUUCUUUGUUCUGCGUGCAGCGUCUAUGUUCCUGCACUACACAGUUCUGUUCAGCAGCAUUUAAAGUCUCCUGAGCAUGCAAAAGGAAAACAGACUUACAAAGAACAAAUUAAAAGAGAGAGUGUUCUAACUGCUACCAGUAUCUUGAAUAACCCUAUAGUGAAGGCACGGUAUGAACGCUAUGUCAAGGGUGAAAAUCCAUUUGAAGUCACUGAUCAAAAUGCAGAACAGCAAGGAGAAGAAGAAGACAAGGCAAAUGAACCUGCAGAAGAGGAGGAGGAAGAGGAGGCAGAAGGGGAAGAAGAGGAGGAAGAAGCAGCAGAAGGGGAAGAACAGACUGACUUUACUCUUGACCAAACAGAAGAUAAUUAAAUGCAAACCAUUUUGCACAAGCAGAGGAAAGUGCUACUUUUACUUUUCGGUUCCUACAGUUAAAUGUAAAAUUUCUUAAUAGUUAAAACAAGACUCUUGUUAUCCUCUACCCUGUGCAUGUAUUCCAUUUGAAGAUGUCCUUCUGUAAUCUAGUUUCACUUUUGCUUAAAAAUGGAAGUAAACCCAUUUUUAGUUGAACUUUUAUAGUGACCUUGCUGUUAGAACUUAUUAUAUUGUGUACCUUGUAAACAUUGGUUUUUCCUUUUUUGAUGUUAAGAUUUGGAUACAAACAAAGUAAGUAGAAAGUUAAAAUCAUUUCAACACAAAGCUUUUUAACUAAAUGCAACGUAAAUAGUUCUAGAAUCAUAAACUUAGAAUUAUGUUGUGAGUGUGGCUGUCUUCUGGACUGCAUCACUCAUUGUAAAGUACAUGUUAUGACAGAUCUUGUAGUUUUUUUGUGAUAAAAUGUACUUGUUUGUAGCAAUAAAACAUUUUAGAAACCAUAAUGUCCAGUUUUAAUUGAAGACCCAGCAAAAUUUAGCCUAUUAAAUAAUAUGGCCUUUUUCAUUUCUAAUAUAUAAAUGUGGUAAAGUAAUGUUUGCUCUGAAAGACAAUUCACUACUUUUCUAAUACAAUCUAAAAUGUAAGUUGUCAUUUAACUAUUACAACUAGUUAAUAGUGUUUUUAUACAUCCCUCCACAACUUUUAUCAGUAUUCAUAAUCCUUUCUUUACUACUGAAUGUCUCAAGGUAAAUCUAUCAUUAUAAGACCUUUGGUCACUUGUCCUUGAUGGUGUUUCCGGGAGACUAUUUUGGAUACCUGCUAGAUUUUCUUAGCCACUGUUAUGUUCCAAAAAUGCUGUUAUUUUCUGUUUGUCUGUAAAAAAUAGAGGUGCCAGGUAUAAAAAUUAGUGCUUUAUAGUUGUUUGAAUGUAAAGGUGAAUACUCACGUGACCCUUUCAAUAUAAAUAAAAGCCACUUGACACCCCCCUUCUUUUGGGGCUGAAAAUUAA